AUGAGUAACAUAAUUGUUUUGAAGUCCUUCAGGCUUUGUGCCACGUCUUUCUUUGUUUCGCAACAGGUGGAGCGGGCGGACUCUGUGGGCUGCUACUUGGGCUGUCUUCUCCUCUCCGACAUCCACAUUAAUCGUCCAGGCGAGUGUCCCAUUCCCAGCGUGCCGGGAAUUGCAGAGGGUACUAGUCUCUUCCGUCUCCAUCAGAUUUUCUGUCGCAAGCUAUGCGACAACGACGCCUCCUGUCCCCAUCCUUUGCAAAAAUGCUGCACCUUCGGUUGCAUUCGAAAUUGCACUACUGUAAGAGUUGCUACUCUGUUGGAAGAAGGAAGAGAAGGGGUUAAGAUGAGAGCGGCCUUUUUUUCGGAACGACGAUGA